AAGAAAGUUUGGAGACCUUCAAAAAUUGACGAAGAUGGUGUUGGCAAACAAGGAAAUGGUGGUCUACUGCUUCGACACUUUGCUCGCCCAUUAUAAAAGCGAAGAGGCUGCUCCGCCUGCCUUCGACGAGGGCCAACACCCGUUGUUUGUGACAUGGAAGAAGGUUGUGAACGGCGGGGAGGCUCGUCUACGAGGAUGUAUCGGCACACUUGAAGCUUGCCAGCUGAUUAACGGAUUUAGGGACUAUGCUCUGACAAGUGCCUUGAGAGACCGCAGGUUCCCCCCCAUACAAGCUAAAGAACUGCCUUAUUUAGAAUGUACAGUUUCUAUUCUAACUGAUUAUGAAACAGCUAAUAACUAUCUUGAUUGGGAGGUUGGAAAGCAUGGCCUAAUUAUUGAGUUUGUUGAUGAUUAUAAUACAAGGCGAAGUGCUACUUACUUACCUGAUGUGCCGGCACAUGAAGGUUGGACUAAGGUGGAGGCAAUUGACUCACUUGUCCGAAAGACAGGGCUCAGUGGCCCCAUCACCGAGUCGCUCAUGAAGCGUAUAAAACUGACACGCUACCAGAGCUCAUUAUUUACUAUGAACUACGUUGACUAUGUCUCCUAUAUGAAGGCAACCAGAGGUGCCGGUGCCAAGGUCGGAAAUCAAUGAUUCUUCCAACAGCUUUUGCCGAAAAAGGGUAAAGCUGCUUUGGCUAAAUUACAAGGACAUGAUAUCAAACAAAAGAAAGAA